GGUGCAGGGCUGACCUGCGGCUGCGGGACAGCGAGGCGGGGCUUUGGGGGGGGGGGGUCCCGGCCAGGUCCCACGUGGCCGCUGCCGCCGGGCUCGCCGGGGCCCCGCCCGGAGGCGGCCCCGGGCCGCCACGGGCUAGCGGGACCGGGCGGCCACUGCUCCCUCCCUCUCUCGCCUCGGGUCCAGGGCCGCGGAGCCGCUGCAAAGAGGAUGAGUCCCUGGAGCUGGUUCCUGCUGCCGACCCUCUGUCUCCUGCGCUCGGGUGCAGCCCCUCGGCGCGGCGCUCUCGCCUCUGCCAGCUGCGACCUCAAGCCCCAACAAAGUGAGUUAAAUUCUUUCUUGUGGACCAUCAAGCGAGACCCACCCUCUUACUUCUUUGGUACGAUCCACGUUCCAUACACCCGGGUUUGGGACUUCAUCCCCGACAAUUCCAAGGAGGCUUUUCAGCAGAGCAGCAUUGUGUACUUUGAGCUGGACCUCACCGACCCCUAUACUAUCUCAGCCCUCACCAGCUGUCAGAUGCUGCCGCAGGGGGAGAACCUGCAGGACGUGCUUCCCAGGGACAUCUACUGCCGCCUCAAGCGCCACCUCGAGUAUGUGAAGCUCAUGAUGCCCUCAUGGAUGACGCCGGACCAGCGCGGUAAGGGUCUCUAUGCCGACUACCUCUUCAAUGCCAUCGCAGGGAACUGGGAGCGGAAGAGGCCCAUCUGGGUGAUGCUUAUGGUCAACUCCCUGACAGAGGUGGACAUUAAGUCCCGUGGGGUGCCUGUCUUAGACCUGUACCUCGCCCAGGAGGCGGAGAGGUUGAGGAAACAGACGGGGGCGGUGGAAAAGGUGGAAGAACAGUGCCAUCCACUGAACGGGCUCAACUUUUCACAGGUUCCCAAUUUUAUUAACGCCACGCUACCACCCCAGGAGCGCGUCACCGCGCAGGAAAUCCACAGCUACUUCCGGCGGGAGCUCAUCUACAAGCGCAACGAGCGGAUGGGGAAGCGGGUGAAGGCGCUGCUGGAGGAGUUCCCCGACCAAGGCUUUUUCUUUGCCUUUGGCGCUGGUCAUUUCAUGGGCAACAACACGGUGCUUGAUGUUUUGCGGCGCGAAGGCUAUGAGGUAGAACACGCCCCUGCUGGACGACCUAUCAACAAAGAGAAGACUAAAAGUCCCUCCUCUCAGCCUACCUCCUCCGCCAUCUUUGUUCCGGAAGUGGCCUCCCAGGUGGGGCUGGUACCUGAAGCUGAGUCUGAGGUGCUCUCACUAUUGCCCCCCCAUCAUGUGUCCCCUCUGGGAAGUGACAACAUGCCCGAGGCAGAACGAAAGUUCCGGAAGAAACGGAGGCGACCUCACAGGAAGCAGCGGCUCAGGCAGUUCAGCGACCUGUGGGUCCGACUGGAGGAGAGGGCGGUGGUCCCACAGUUCCGGGUCCCCAUUCUGGAGAGGCACAUCCCUGCCGAGCUGCGGCUCCCUCGCCAUGGCCAUUCUCACCACAGCCAGAUGGUGGCUAGCAGUGCCUGCCUAUCUCUCUGGACUCCUGUGUUCUGGGCCCUGGUGCUGGCUUUCCAGACAGAAACACCCCUGCUGUGA